AACACGACAUCAUAUGACUUGAGUUGCUUCUGUCUUGCACUCGCUUCACCAGAUCUUAUCUCCGCUUCUCUCGUUUGUUCUAAACGCUCUUCUUGCACUUUCCUUCGCAUAUCUCGUUUUACCAAUCCUUCUUUCUUCUCUCUGUUUCUGAGAAAGCCUGUUGCUGCCGAACAUGUCCAUUCAACAACAAACAACGCUUUAACUUUGGUAACAUUAGCAAGAGGUUUCAAGAAUAACAGCUGGUUACAAUGUAUGCUAAGAGAAUCUGGGGUAGAAGCCAGAGAUGGGGUUUAGUGUUUCAACAGUGGAAACAUGUAAUUAGGCCACAUUUCCAGGAUCAUGCGUGUUAUCGAUCUUUGAACAGCCCUUAUGCAGUUGGGACUGGUUAUCGGGAUGGUAGUUUGAUUAGAAAAAAUCUUUCGAAUUCAUCUUAUGCUCAAUGUACUGCUUCUGCGUUUACAUAUACGGGAUUUUAUGGAAGGUCUGCUCCAUGUUUUAGUAACCAUCAGUUACGUGUGUAUAGUUCCAAAGGUGAUGGAAGGAAUGCUAGUGAGGAUAAUUAUAGACCCGUGAAUGAUGGGGUUAACUUUGAUAAAGGAAAGACUUGGCAGGAAAAGGUUGGGGAGAAUGUGAAGCCUUCUGAUGCACAUGCUCAGCUUGGGGAACAGGAUCAAAGGGAAUGGCUCAAUAAUGAAAAGCUUUCUAUAGAGAGUAAGAAGAAGGAAUCACCAUUUUUGACCAGACGUGAGAAGUUUAAAAAUGAGUUCUUGCGCAGGAUUGUGCCUUGGGAGAAAAUACAUGUUUCUUGGGAAACAUUUCCUUAUUACAUUCAUGAGAAUACCAAAAAUAUUUUGGUUGAAUGUGUUGCUUCCCAUUUGAAACAUAAAAAUUUAACUACUUCUUAUGGUGCUCGAUUGGCAUCUUCAAGUGGGAGAAUAUUGCUUCAGAGUGUUCCAGGCACUGAACUUUAUCGCGAGAGAUUAGUUAGGGCGCUAGCACGAGAGUUACAAGUGCCAUUUUUGGUGCUUGAUAGCAGUGUUCUUGCUCCAUUUGAUUUUGGUGAUGAUUGCUCGUCUGAGUCUGAAUCAGAUGAUGAUAACCUGGAAUCUGCAGUAGAGUGUACUUCAGAGUCCGAGAUUGAGGAUGAGAAUGAUGCAAGUAAUGAGGAAGACUGGACAAGCACCAAUGAGACAAGAACAGACUGUAGUGAUGUGGAUGAAGUGCAGGCAACUGCUGAAGCAGCCCUUAAGAAGCUUGUACCCUACAACCUUGAAGAGUUUGAGAAGAGGGUAUCUGGAGAAUCUGAGAGUUCCUCUGAAUCUUCAAAGUCUGAGGCUGAUGAAUCUGCUGAUAAAUCCAAGUGGCUGCUUAAGAAAGGGGACCGGGUGAAGUAUAUUGGACCUGAUGUGCAGAUUGAAGCUGACAGAAAGAUCAUAUUGGGGAAGAUACCAACAUCUGAUGGUCCAACUAAUGUUUAUACAAGUAUUCGACGCAGACCCUUAUCUAGCGGUCAACGUGGGGAGGUAUAUGAGGUGGAUGGAGACAGAGUUGCUGUCAUUUUGGACAUUUGUAGCAAUAACAAAGCAAAAGGAGAAGAAAAGGAUGAGAAAUCCACAAAGAAUUCUGCAAGCCCACCAGUUUAUUGGAUAGAUGUUAAGGACAUUGAGCAUGAUCGUGAUACUCAGGCAGAGGACUGCUACAUUGCCAUGGAAGCUUUAUGCGAGGUUUUGCAUUCCAUGCAACCUCUUAUUGUAUAUUUUCAAGAUUCUUCACAGUGGUUGUCUAGGGCGGUUCCCAAGUCAAAUCGUAAGGAGUUUGUCUGCAGGGUUCGAGAAAUGUUUGACAACUUAUCAGGUCCUGUUGUUUUGAUUUGCGGGCAGAACAAAGUUGAAACAGGGUCAAAGGAGAAAGAGAAAUUUACGAUGAUACUCCCAAAUUUUGGUCGCCUUGCAAAACUGCCUCUCCCUUUGAAGCGCCUUACUGAGGGACUUAAAGUGACCAAGAGGUCGGAUGAUGAUGAACUAUAUAGGCUUUUCGCUAAUGUUUUGUGUAUACAUCCUCCUAAGGAGGAAGAUCUUCUUAGAAUAUUUAAUAAACAACUUGACGAGGACCGGCGAAUUGUGAUAUCAAGAAGCAAUGUAAAUGAAUUGCAUAAGGUUCUUGAAGAAAAUGAGCUGUCAUGUUUGGACCUAUUGCAUGCAAAUACUGAUGGUGUGAUACUGACAAAGCGGAAAGCUGAGAAGGUUGUUGGUUGGGCUAAAAAUCAUUACUUAUCAUCUUGCACACUCCCUUCCAUAAGAGGGGAAAGAUUAUGUCUGCCUCGUGAAAGCCUCGAAAUUGCAGUUUUGAGGUUGAAGGAGCAAGAAACAAUAUCUCGAAAGCCUGCACAAAACUUGAAGAACCUUGCAAAGGAUGACUAUGAAAGCAACUUUGUUUCAGCAGUGGUACCACCUGGUGAAGUUGGUGUCAAAUUUGAUGAUAUAGGUGCUCUUGAAGAUGUGAAGAAGGCAUUGAAUGAACUUGUCAUUCUUCCAAUGAGGAGGCCAGAACUUUUUUCUCAUGGAAAUUUAUUGAGGCCUUGCAAAGGGAUAUUACUUUUUGGUCCUCCUGGAACUGGGAAAACCCUUCUUGCUAAGGCACUGGCAACAGAAGCAGGAGCAAACUUUAUCAGCAUAACUGGUUCAACUCUUACAUCGAAGUGGUUUGGAGAUGCUGAAAAGCUUACCAAGGCCCUCUUCUCCUUUGCUAGCAAGCUGGCACCAGUCAUUAUAUUUGUUGACGAGGUUGAUAGUUUGCUGGGUGCUCGUGGUGGUUCUUUUGAGCAUGAAGCAACUAGGAGAAUGAGAAAUGAGUUCAUGGCAGCUUGGGAUGGAUUAAGGUCAAAAGAUAGCCAGAGAAUUCUCGUCCUUGGUGCCACAAAUAGGCCAUUUGAUCUUGAUGAUGCUGUUAUUCGCCGCUUGCCAAGAAGGAUAUAUGUUGACCUACCAGAUGCUGGAAACCGUAUGAAGAUACUGAAAAUAUUUCUUGCACAAGAGAAUUUAGGACCCAACUUCUCAUUCGACGAGCUUGCAAAUGCUACUGAGGGGUAUUCUGGUAGUGAUCUGAAGAACCUAUGUAUAGCUGCAGCAUACAGGCCAGUGCAAGAACUUCUAGCAGAAGAAAAGAAGGGUGGCAAAAAUGAUGCAGCUGCCCUAUUAAGGGCCCUUAAUGUGGAUGACUUCAUUCAGUCAAAAACUAAGGUGGGUCCAUCUGUCGCUUAUGAUGCUACGAGUAUGAAUGAGCUGAGAAAAUGGAAUGAACAGUAUGGAGAAGGUGGAAGCAGAAGGAAGUCACCUUUUGGUUUCUGAAACAAAUUUUGCAGAGUUAAUGAUUUAAUUCUUUAUACCGGGGCACUGUGGCAGUGCAUCCAUUAGAGGAAAUCCCUCUUUUUCAUCCAGUUUGAGCGGGUGAGAGAAGGGCCUUUGGCAUAAUGCCUGCGAGGCCAAUGUGUGGUGUCAUUUAACUGAGGUGGUCAAUGGAGAUGGGGGGGAUGUCGGAGAUCCUACAGAAUAAUUUUACCUAGGCUCACAGGCUUGUAGCCCCAUGUAUAUGAUUCUUGCUAGCAUGGAAAUGUUAUAAAAUUUUAAUUAUUAUACUUGUUAAAACUGGGCUCUUCCUUUUAUGUUAUUUCAAUGUGAAGGAGCAAGAAUUCGCCA